AGGCAGCCUGCUCUCCUCUUAUGAUGGCCUUGGUCCGGGAUCGCAGGGCUCAUUAUGUCAUGAGCAUAGUUAUUAGAUGGGUUCACUGUUUUUCCUCCUCCUUGAGGGGGACCUUUGGCACACGCUGGGAGGCCGUGAAAGCCAAGGCCACCGAGCUGCGGGUCUGGUGCGCGCAUAGGAAGCGAGAAGCUCGGGAAUCCAAGCCCCCGCAAAUGCGCGGGUCCACGAGACUUAACAUUUCAGAUGAUUUAAAGAUUGGCUUUUUCAGCACAGACCAUGCCACUCAAACCGAUUCCAGUGAAAUACUGUCAGUAAAGGAAUUGAGUUCAUCUACGCAAAAGUUAGCACAGAUGAUGAAAUCCCUCCAGGUAGAUUUUGGGUUCCUCAAACAAUUGCUUCAGUUGAAGUUUGAGGACCGACUGAAAGAGGAAUCUUUGCGUCUCUUCACCAUUCUUCAUGACAGGAUCCUAGAAAUUGAAAAGCAUUAUCAACAGAAUGAGGAUAAGAUGAGAAAAUCCUUCAAUCAGCAGUUAGCUGAUGCCAUAGCUGUUAUCAAAGGAAUGUACCAGCCACUGUGAAACCAAACAUUGAGAUACUCUGGAUGUGCUGAAGGUAGCAAGGUGGAAAGAUGAGAAGCAGAGGGGUCCCUGGUAAUGUCAUUGAGCCAUGAAAGUAACCCUGGACUUGCCCUGCCUCUGGCCUCUUAUUCAUGAGAUAACAACCCCUCAGUGUCUAAGCCACUGUUAGUUGGCUUUUCAGUUACUUGCAGCUGAAAACAUCCCAGGACAGAUUGCUCUGCUAAUGAUCUCUGUGACUGUGUGCCAAACUGUGUUUCCAAAGGCAUCUGUGACACUGUCUCCUACUUACGUGCUCUUGUGCAAUGUUUGUCUCCCAUCAAGAGGUGGAAUCUGAUUCCCCUCCCUUGAAUUAGGGCUGCCCUUAGUGACUUGCUGAUAAACACAGAAUGUGGAGGAAGUGAAGCUCCGCGUCUUUUAAGUUAAGGUCAAAAGAAGUCUUGCAAGUUCAUCCUUAUUCACUCUGAAUGUUUGCCCUCUACAUUGUCCCUCCCUGAAUUGAGCUACCAUGCUGACAAAAGCCCAUGCCAUAUGGAAGAGCUACAUGUAGGUACUACUGGGUCUCCAGGCUCAUCUGAGCCCAGCCUUUGAGUCACCCCAGCCCAGGAGUCAAAAAUAUGAGUGGAGAAGCCUCCAGAUGACUCCAGCUGCCAGCCAUGUAGACUCUUUUUAUGUGAGGUCACAGGUCUUACAGAGGAGAGAUAAGCCAUCCCUGCUGUGCUUCUACUAAUUCCUGACUCAUUGAAUUUGUUUUUUUUCUUUGUUUUGCUUUUUAUUUUUGGGUUUUUUUUUUUUUUUAGAGACAGGGGUCUCACUGUCUCCCAGGCUGGAAUGUAGGGUCUGCUCAUAGCUCACUGUAGCCUUAAACUUCUGGACUCAAGUGAUCCUCUGGCCUCAGCCUCCUGAGUAGCUGGGACUACAGGCAUGUGCCAGCACACCCAGUUAAUUUAAAUAUAUAUAUAUAUGACAUGGGAUCUUGCUAUGUUAUCCAGGCUGGUCUUGAACUCCUGUCCUCAAGUAAUCCUCCUGCCUUAGCAUUCCAGAGUGCUAAGAUUACAACCAUGAGCCACUGUGCUGGCCUAAUUAAUAUUUAAUGGAAGAAGACAGAAGGAAGAAAGAGAAAGAGGGAAGGAGGGAAAAUGAGCAUUAUCUGUAGCAGUUUUAUAUAUAUUGAUUUUGUAACCCAAAAUCUUGCUAAAUUCUUUUUCUAUAGACUCUUUGGGGCUUUCUAUGUAAACAUUUAUGCAACUGAGAAUACAUAUUUUUUGUUACUUCAUUUUUCAUCCAUAAACCAUGUAAUCAUUUCAGCAGUGGCCUGUCUGGGGCAGCUGCUGCAAAGAUGCCGGCUGCAGCAGGGGAGAUAUGGCCCGGGCUAUACACUCUACUAAGCCGGCAGGAGCCAGGAACAAGCGGGAGUGGUGCCCACCUUCUGAGUUGGUGAUGGGGGAGCUCCAUGCUCCUAGAGGCAGCUGCAGCUGCCCAGCCAUGGUUGCAGACCCAGGCAUCCCUGUGCUUUUGGGGGCCUAGGAAGCCCCCCUGCUCCCAACAGGCUCAGAAGUGCCUGCUCCUGCUGCCUGGCCUCUCCUCACUCCUGGUACCCACUCUGAUUUUGGAGCAAAGUUGUGGCCAAGCCCGGGCACUGUCAUGACCCAGCCAGGUGUGUGUGUGCUUGGGAUGGUGCUGACACACCAGCCCCCUGCUGCCUUGGCCCCCUCCAGAGUUUGGGUGCCAACGAGCACAGGAGGGAGGCCAAGGGGGCACUGAGGGUGGCACAGCACAGGCCUGCAGGCAUCCCUUGGCAUGAACAGCCUAGGCACCAUGAACAGCAGCAGGAAGUGACAGGCUCCUGAGUGGAAAGGGAUGUGUCACUGGUGAAGCCCCACCUUCAAGCCAGGGACGGCCUGAAGCCUGGGGGCCAGGCUGCCAGUUCCACAGACUGGAGUGAGAAGUUUUGGUGCUUUUUUCAGGCCCGCCUAUGGCUGCCCAUUGACCAAUCAGCAUGCAUUUCCUCCCCUCUGAAGCCCAUAAAAACCCUGGACUCAGCCAGACUCUGGCAGAAGUGGGGAUGACCUGCCUGCAGAGAGGAGUUAUUCACUGUGGGGUCUUCUCUAAGCUGAGAGCUGAACAGAUAUCAGGUUGACCUGCCUGCAGAAAGGAGCUACCCACUGUGGGUCUUCUCUUAGCUGAGAGCUGAGCAGAUGCCGGAUGACCUGCUUGCAGAAAGGAGCUACCCACUUCAGAUCUCCUGAGAGCUGUACUGUUGCUCAAUAAAGCACCUCUUUGUCUUACUCA